AGCAAAAAUGAGGAUCGCCGUGGAGGGUUGUGCACACGGUGAAUUGGAUAUUAUUUACGAAACUAUUCAAGAAAUGGAAAAGGCUGAUGGAAAGAAAAUAGAUUUACUUAUUUGUUGCGGAGAUUUUCAAUCUACGAGAAAUUUGAGCGAUUUAAAUUGCAUGGCUGUACCUGAUAAAUAUAAGGAUAUGUGUACUUUUUAUAAAUAUUAUUCUGGGGAGAAAGUUGCACCUGUGUUAACAGUAUUUAUUGGAGGAAAUCAUGAAGCGUCGAAUUAUCUUCAAGAACUACCCUAUGGUGGAUGGGUAGCGCCUAAUAUUUAUUACCUUGGUUACGCCGGUGUAAUAACAGUAGGUGGUAUCAGAAUUGCUGGACUGUCAGGAAUUUAUAAGGGGCAACACUUGAUGCAGGGACAUUAUGAAAAACCUCCUUAUACAGAAAAUACAAUCAGAAGUGUAUAUCACAUUAGAAACUUAGAAAUAUUUCGGUUAAAGCAGCUCACUGGCAACAUUGAUAUUUUCUUAUCUCAUGAUUGGCCGGCAGGAAUAACUAAAUAUGGAAAUGAAAAUAUGUUGUUGAAAGGAAAACCGUUUUUCAAAAAUGACAUAGAAAAUAAUAUGCUUGGUAGUCCACCAAGUAUGGAACUUUUGGAAUAUCAUUAUCCAAGCUAUUGGUUUUCUGCACAUUUACAUUGUAAAUUUGCAGCUCUUGUUCCUGAAAAAGAGGGAACAAGAGUAACUAAAUUUUUAGCUUUAGAUAAAUGCCUUCCGAAACGAAAAUUUCUUCAAAUACUUGAACUAGAACACGAUCCGAAAUUAUCAUUGAAACCGCAGUAUGAUUUAGAGUGGUUAACAAUAUUGCAUUUAACGAACCAUUUGUUAAGCGUUAAAAGUGGUAUUCAUUAUAUGCCUGGGCAGUAUGGUAACAGUAGAUGGAUAUUUACCCCAACUGCAGAGGAAAAAGCAAACAUUUUAAAAAGAUUCAAUCACGAAUUAGAAGUUCCCCUAAAUUUUAUGCAAACUAUGAAGCCGUACAAUCCUGAUGCUUCAGCCUUUUCAAAUGAUUCACCGAAAUUAGUAAUAAAUAAUCAAACUACUCAGUUUUGUAACACGUUGGGUAUCGACGAUCCAUCUGUCUUACUACAAAUAAUGAGUAAUGCAAAAGAAUGUAAAUCAAAUGGAUUGUUAAUAGAAUCAUCGUACAAACAAAUAUCAGCUUCCAAUGAUAUAUCUAAUUCAUUCGAAGAAGACAAUGUUUUAAAUUCCACAUUUGAUGGAAGCUUACCUAACGAUAUAUUCAAUCGAACAUCGCCGUUAAAUUUAUCCCCUAAGAGUAAUAGCGAAGAACAAGAUUUAGAAAUAAAUAGUAGUAAAGAAGCUUUAGAUGGAAGUAUAAAUAGUUUAACAUCAGCUGUUAAUUUUGAUUGUACAGACGACGGUAAUAAACAUUUCAUACAAAUCGAACCGAACUGUAAAAAAUUUAAGCGACGGAAUUAUUCUAUAUAUUCCAAUACGCUUUGAAUCCAAUUUAAUAUUUUAUUCGAUAAUUAACCUUGGAAUGUUUUGAUUCCAGUUCAAAUAUUUUUGAAUAUAAUCGAUUUUGGUAAAGUGAAUGAUAAAUGAAUUUGUACAUAAAAGAGUCAUAUUAUUUCUUUUAGAAAAUCAUUUUCUAUUAUGUAAGAAACUAUUACAAAAUAUAGUUGUGUCACCUUUUUUUUU